UUUCUUUUUUUCCCUUUAGGGUCUUGCUUCGAGUAAGAAUGCUGUAUUACUUAAAACAAGAAGUUAUUGGUAAUGAAUUUCAAAAAGUGUUUGAUGGAACUGAUGCCAGUGAAAUUGAUGUUUGGGUCCCUGAGCCAGAUCACUCUGAAGUUCCUGCUGAGUGGUGGGAUGCAGAGGCAGACAAAUCCCUUCUAAUUGGAGUUUUUAAACAUGGUUAUGAAAAAUACAACACGAUCAGAGCAGACCCCGCACUGUGCUUCUUGGAAAGGGUUGGCAAGCCAGAUGAUAAAGCAGUUGCUGCUGAGCAGAGAGCAAAUGAUUAUAUUGAUGGGGACGUCGAAGAUCCAGAGUAUAAACCAGCACCAGCAAUGUUUAAAGAUGACAUAGAGGAUGAUGUUUCAUCCCCAGGUGAUCUAGUAAUAGCAGAUGGAGAUGGGCAAAUGAUGGAAGGUGACAAAAUCUAUUGGCCAACUCAGUCUGCCUUAACAACGCGUCUUCGCCGCCUGAUAACAGCUUAUCAAAGAACAAGUAAAAAUAGGCAGGCCCAGCAGAUCCAGCCAGCAUUCCCAGUACAAACUAGUAUGAUGCAGCCUCCAUAUGAGGAAGUUACUCUAAAUCCAAAGAUGGCUGCUAAAAUAGAAAGACAGCAAAGGUGGACAAGAAGGGAAGAAGCUGACUUCUACAGAGUUGUGUCCACAUUUGGAGUGGUAUUCGAUCCUGAACGGGGACGAUUUGAUUGGACCAAAUUCAGAGCUAUGGCUAGGCUGCAUAAGAAAACUGAUGAGAGCUUAGAGAAAUACCUGUAUGCAUUUAUGUCAAUGUGCAGGAGAGUCUGUCGUCUUCCCUCAAAAGAAGAACUGGUAGACCCAAACAUUUUUAUCCAGCCAAUUACAGAGGAGCGUGCCUCUCGGACUUUGUAUCGCAUUGAGCUUCUAAGGAAGGUGCGAGAACAGGCUCUUAGACAUCCACAGUUGUUUGAACGACUAAAGCUAUGUCAGCCAAACCCAGACUUACCUGUCUGGUGGGAAUGUGGGACUCAUGACAGGGAUUUACUUAUUGGAGCUGCUAAACAUGGGGUUAGCAGGACAGAUUAUCAUAUUCUUCGUGAUCCUGAACUCUCAUUUAUGUCUGCGCAGAGGAACUAUAGUCAGAACAAAGUGGCUCUCUCAAGGACUUCUACUCCACUCUUACAUCAGUAUCAGAUGGCAUUAUCUGCUUCUCCUCUUACACCUCAGUCAAGAUUGCCGGAUGCUAAAAUGAAUACUCUUGAGGACAUGAAAGUUAAAAAUGAAAAUCUGAAAGAGGAUGCUCAGUCAUCUGAAGAGGAAUCUAUGUCUACAGAGGAGACGCAGACAGUAAUGAAAUCUGAGCCUCUGAGUCCAAAAAAUGGUCCACCAGUACAAAAUACAGAACACAAACCUAGCGUGAAGAUUGAAACAGACAGGCGCAUGGUUGCAGCAAGGACAGAGCCUCUAACUCCAAACCCAGCUUCCAAAAAACAGAGAGUCAGCAAAAGAGGAUCAGACUCUAGCUCUGACUCAGACUCUGACUCAGAUAGAUCAUCCUGUUCUUCCAGGUCAUCUUCUUCAUCCUCUUCAUCUUCCUCAUCUUGUUCACACUCUCGAUCAGGCUCUAGUUCUUCGUCAUCUUCAUCUUGUUCUUCAGCAUCUUCAUCUUCAUCAUCUUCAUCCUCAUCAUCGUCGUCGUCAUCAUCAUCAUCGUCUGAAGAGAGUGAUAGUGAUGAAGAGGAGGCACAAAAACGUGCAGAAGGAGCCCCUCAUAUAAAAGCAUAUGAUGAAGAGAGUGUAGCUUCUCUGAGUACAACACACGACGAGACGCAAGACAGUUUCCAGAUGAAUAACGGGACACCAAAUUCCACUUAUCUCCUACAAGGUGGAUACAUGUUGGCUGCAUCUUACUGGCCAAAGGAUCGGGUUAUGAUUAACCGGCUUGAUAGUAUUUGUCAAACAGUGUUGAAGGGUAAAUGGCCUUCAGCAAGAAGGAACUAUGACAGCAAUACAGUGGCAUCUUUCUACACAACCAAACUUCUGGAUAGCCCAGGCGCAGCUACAGAUUACAGUGAGCCCGGUGCACCAACACCCCCUCUUGCAGGUGUUAAAGAAGAAUAUGAUCAGUCACCACAGAUGUCAAAGGUGAAGAAGCAUGUACGAGAAAAGGAGUUUACAGUGAAAAUCAAUGACGUAUGUUUAUUUUUAUUGCCCUAGGACCUGAUUGCGAUUGCGGUGUGCGGCAUGCUUUACCUGCAAGUGGCUGCCUGCUCUUAUUCUCACUUCCUUCACACACUUGUUUGUGGGUAUUUGGGUCUGCUUUUUCUGGGCACUGAGUAUUUGGGGUUUUUUCGGUUUGUUUUUUUUUUUUCAGUUUUCAUAAACCUCUGGAGGGAAAUUUUCAUUAUUCUCCUCUCUGAAUUGAAAUUCUGCUUCCUUGGCCAGCCUGUUUUAUGCCUUU